CGGCGCAAACAUUUCUCAGUUACGGAAUCAAGGCGUCGGAUAUGGAGAAGGGGUUCGGUGCCGCCGAAGGCUGCAUGUCUCCUUUGACGCUGGACUCACAUUCCCCCAUGGCCGUACAUGACGACACUGUCGGCGCCAUCGUGCCAAAUCCAUCCCUGUUCGCAUUGCAUAUCAAAGUGAUCAAUGCAAUGGAUGGGUUGCAACAUGACUUGGACCUCAGCGCCAGCAGAGCUUCAAUUCACUCGCUUCGCCAAGCACUCGUCCUCAAGACGGGCGUGCCGGUGGAUGAUCAGAUCUUGCUGCAUGGCCCACCAUAUGCACGACUUGACCCGAAGAAGUCCAUCGAGUCGUAUAACCUGCCCAACGCGUCGACGUCCAUCUUCUUGUACGACCGUCGAAUUCUCUCCCUUGACAAACCACCAGCCCCACGCAUCGUCCUUCAACCCCAAAACGUUCAUGCACCAGCAGCGCUUCCCUCGUCGCCAUUCAACCAUUCAAAGUUGCUGCAAGAAACAUCAAGUCCCUUGCUUCGCGCCCUGUUCGACUACGAAUCACAAUUCCAGCAACAGGUUCUAAUGGCCGAAGCAGUGGAGUCAACGGCGAUAGCGCGCUUGGCAGCAACGGAGGCUUGCGUCGAGCAACUCGAACAUCAGAGCAGGGCAAUUCAAGCAGCUCUGUCGAACUUGGACACCCACCAUGUAGCAAUGCAAGCGCGGUUUACACCAUUUUGGAGCGACUUCCAGCACACAUCAGCGGACCAUACACAACUCUUGGAGAACUUCGACACUUAUGUCAAUCGCCUCCAGACAAUCCCACUGCACCCAGCGUUGGCCACAGCCACUCGGUCGACGCUUUUGGACUGCAUCCCUUUGGACCGCGAGCGAGAUUGGUUUGUGUCAUGCCAGCAGAGCCAAAAAUCUAUCCAAUCCAAGAUGGAAGGACUGGCCACGACAUAUCGGUCCGUCUCGGACGCCAUCACAUUGCAUUCGAGCAAUACUUUGAAUGGCCAUGCAUCCGUGGCUGUGCCACUUGAUGGCCUUCGUCGAAAGAUCGACGAAUGCGCCGCGAACAUUGCCAGCAUUUCCAGCAUGCGACAAUCGCUGCGGCAGAAUUACGACGCGGUCGUCAAGCGGGUGGCUGACACGACGCAGCAAACGCUGGACGAAGUGAACUCGAUGCCCGCCACGACCAGCAUGAACACGAGCUUCAUGUUUGGGUCCACCCAUAUCCUGGAAGCUUGUCGCGGCCUUGAUGAGCUCUUUCGCCAGCAAGCCGACGUGCUGCCGUCCAUGCAAAGGCUCGACGACGACGUGAAGAUCGCGAUGAACAGUGUGGCCAAAAUCAAGGAAGAGUUCUUUUCGGUUGUGUGCGCCAAGCUCAAGCUCGUGUCGGAGCUCCAGUCCAGCAUCGUCGAAUUCGAAACACACCUCGGAAUUCUCAAGGAUGCCCUCGCGUACCAGAAGCUCCAAUUUGCCGAACUCAAGCACAUUGAGCUCUUGCCUCACGCAUACGAAGCAUGCGUAGCUGAGAUCAAACGCCGCCGCCAAUAUGGGCGUAUCUUUCAGCUGCGCAUCAAUGAAAUGGGUCAGGCGAUGGUCGCCAUGCGGGAGGCCGAGAUUGCGAAACGCGAAGCAUUCCUGCGCGAUCAUGGCCAGCACCUGCCACGUGACUUUGCCCCCGGACUCACUGAAAAGCCAUCGCAUUGCAUAGUGUCCAUGCGGCCGUUCGACACGAAUUUGCCUGGAAUCGAAGAAGACAACGUGGAAGAUCCACCCAACGAAUUGCAACUUCUCAAGCAGCGCUGUCAUGCGUUGGAGCGUCAAGUGGAGACACUUCAACAGGAGCUGGACGACCAGCACAAGGCAUCGUGUCAUUGCGACGACUCGUACUCCAACUCGUCGAGUUUAAGCGCAAGCGUUGAAACGGGUCCCGUCGGCCCGAAGUUUCCCCUGGUCCUCGCUCUGGCCGCGACAGCCGGUCACAGCGGCACGAUGAACAACUCGAGUGAAAUGCUCAAAGAAAACGACACUGUGCGCCGAUUGAAGGAUGCCGUGUAUGAAAAGGACUCGAAGAUCGGCCAUCUCGAAGAUGCCAACUCGACGCUCCAUGACACAGUCCGAUCACUGCAGUUUUCUAUGGGCAUGCAGCGCAACUGGCUCAAAAAGGUCGUGAGUGUGCUCAACGUGGAGAAUGUUGAACUGGACUCGGCCGAGGGCCUCCACGAGUGUCUCAUGCACAUUGAAGACAAGUGGAAAGAUUGCACAGCUGCGGCGGUUGCACCUCCCCUUGCGGCGACUGCACCCGCAGCACCAGACGUCUCAGUCAGCAGCGACGCCGACGCUUCGUCCAAGAUUGCGUUUCGAUCGUUCUCGUACAACGACCUGGCACUGUUUUUGCCCACGUUUGCGCCGACGGACGUGAAUGCACCCAAGAUCUACUUGGCGUUCCACUUGGGGUGUCCCAAUCGGUUCCUCUCGGACGAGUCCAUCACGACAUACUAUCAAAUGAACACCCGGUACCCCGAGUACAUCCUCGGCCGCAUCGUGUUUAUCGACGAGCGCGUCGCAUCCGAACGCGACAAUCCUUAUCGUCUCAUAGCUGGCACGACGUUUUUCGUCUUGACUGUGACCUUUCUGGUGGACUUUUAAUCAAAUCGAGUCAUAUGACCGUGCCACGUCAUAUUGUACGGAUAGCAAGUCGCAACGCGGGCAUGCCACGUCGUGGUUACGUA